ACCUCUCCCGCGAUAUAUACAGUAAUAGCACACACACAAAACCCGACCUCCUUCCCUCCACUCGCUCGCGAUCGCUCGCUCAGCCGGCUACUGUGCUGCAGGCCACCAGCCAGCAGCAUAGCGAGCGCGAAGUAAAGUAGUCUCAGUCUGGCACGGAUCGUCGAGCGGUGCAGUAGUGUGUUCGCGCGCGCGCGAGUGUCUUUCUGCGCGUCGUCCCUCUGCCUAUACACAAUACACCACAUCCCGCACACCUGCACCAGGAGGUAAACAAAGGACGAUGCGUCGAGAGCCGAGCGAAGCACCGAGUCCCGUUCCGUAGCUCAGUUUUUUCGCGAGACGAUAAUUACAUUACAACAGCAGUGUGUGCUUUUAUUAACCAGCGCAACCUAACCUCCCAGUCAGCAACAACAACAAAGUAUACGCGCAGUGUUCUCAGUGACAGUUCCUCCCCUCUUUUCCCGAAAAAAAAGAGGCGAGCGAGAGUUGUAAUAUCGGGCAUAUAUCGGUGCAUUCGAAACGAGAGGAAUUAUAAUAUAUAGGAAGGAGUUGGAUGUACGCACGAGUGCGCGGUGCAGCUGGAGGCGGACAAAGCAUGCGUCGCUCGGCGUGAGCGGUUUGUACCCGAGAGCAUCGGCGAGAAGAGGUGAAAAAAAAGAAGAGAACGCAAGAUCUUGUGUCCUCUCGCGAGAGAUGAUGGCCGAGAGGAUGCGACGGCUCCUGACGGUCGUCGUCCUGCUGCUUCUCAGCGUCGUCGUGGCGAGCAACGCGCGUAUCCAAGGUCCAUCAGCGGACUUCAGCGCUCACAGGAUCGUGCGACCGCGUGUCUAUCACGGCAGGAGCAAACGCGAGAUCACGUCGACCAGAGAAAGCGACACCGAUCACACGGACGUGCUGAGCGUUGGCCUCGAGCUCAACGGCGAGAGUCGCAUCCUCGACUUGAGACUCAACACGGAUCUCAUACCAGCCGGUUACAAGGAACGAUACCAGCAUCAAGGCUCCUACAAAACCAACCUACCCUCGAAAGUGGAACUAUGUCACUACCAGGGCAGCAUAAGGGACAUGCCAGGCUCGUGGGCGGCAGUUUCGACCUGUCGAGGUCUCAAGGGUGUGAUCUUCGACGGGGAAUCCCUCCACCACAUACAGCCCGAGGAGGAGACACUCCAGUCGGCUCACUACCUCUACAAGCACUCGGAUCUCGUGGCUAAUAAUACAUGUGGUUACAAGGGUACCCCGCACCACAUCGCCGAGGAGUUCGCGGCGGCGCAUAAAGCCAGCAGCGGCAGAACUUCGAGGCACAAGCGAGCGGCCAGUGAGGUGCGAGGUCCCUACAACGCGAAUCGACAGUCGCGCUACGUCGAGCUGGUCCUCGUGAUAGACAAGCACGAGUACACAGCCUUAGGGGAAAAUCUUACCAGAGUUCACCAUCACUGCAAGGAUAUCGUCAAUAUCAUCAAUGCGCUGUACACGCCGCUGAACAUAUUCAUCGCGCUGAUAGGAGUCGAGGUCUGGACGGACGCCGACGAGAUUCACCUGCAGAGCAACGGGGACACGACGCUGAACAACUUUCUAACCUACCGACGGGAGAGACUCGUCAAGACGAUUCCCAACGACAACGCACAGCUUCUCACGAAGAUGCAAUUCGACGAAGGAGUAGUAGGCAAGGCUCUGAAGGGUCCGAUCUGCACGUACGAGUUCUCGGGCGGUGUAUCGGUCGACCACUCGAACGUCGUUGGACUGGUGGCCGCGACGGUGGCUCACGAGAUGGGCCACAAUUUCGGAAUGGAACACGACUCCAGCGACUGUAUCUGCCCAGAGGAGAGAUGUAUAAUGGCGCCAUCGAGCGGCUCCUCUGGCCCUACGCACUGGUCGUCCUGUUCUCUGGAGUACCUGGCCCUCGCUUUCGAGCACGGCAUGGACUACUGUCUGCGCAACAAACCGAAGCAGCUUUUCGACAGUCCGAUCUGCGGCAACGGUUUCGUCGAACCAGGCGAGCAGUGCGACUGCGGCCUCACCAUGAACUGCGACAACCCCUGCUGUGACGCCCUGACGUGUAUGCUCCACGCGAACGCUAGCUGCGCCACCGGAAAGUGUUGCGACCUACAGACCUGCAAACCCAAACAGGCCGGCACCGAGUGUCGUAGCGCUGAUCAAGAGUGCGAUUUACCUGAAUACUGCACCGGACAGAGCGAGUACUGUCCCUCGGACGUUUUUAAGAUAGACGGAGAGACGUGCAGUAUGGGUAAGGCAUACUGCUAUCAAGGCAGCUGCAGGACCCACAACGAUCAGUGCAAACUGCUGUGGGGACCUACCGGUUCGUCUUCGGACACGCUGUGUUACGAGAUGAAUAAUAAGGGCACAAAGAACGGCAAUUGCGGCUACAAUCGAACAGGGAAUAAUUACAUUAAGUGCCACGAACAGAAUAUACUCUGCGGUAUGCUCCACUGCAAGCAUUUGAAUGAAAGACUGGAAUUUGGUAUGGAGUCGGUGGCAACGCUAAGUCAUUCGUUUAUCAAUAGCGAAGGCAACAUUAUAGCUUGCCGAUCGGCUAUUGUGGAUUUGGGACUGAACCAGGUUGAUCCUGGACUUGCUCCCGAUGGUGCUAAGUGUGCCUCUGGAAAGAUGUGCGUAAACCAGAAGUGUAUGGCGGUUGCUGAUCUGCGGGCAUCGUUUCCCGGCGGUAAAGCCUGUCCGAACAAUUGUAGCGGUAAUGGAGUGUGCAAUAGCUUAGGACACUGUCACUGUAAUCGGGGCUUCCAGCCGCCCGAUUGCACGAUCCCUGGAGUUGGUGGCUCCCAGGACAGUGGACCAGCCGAAGAUCCGAACGCGAGAAGCGAAUACAUAAUGAGCCUGUACAUAAUCUUCUUGGGCAUCGUACCGACUAUCGGUCUGAUAUCCUUUGGCAUAUGGUACACGCGCAACAAUGGCGGCGCCGUCAAGCAGUGGAAGAAGGCGAGCUCGUCGGGCGCAAUGUCAACGCUGACGCGGGGCUUCGGCUUCGACCACCACCAUCACCACCACCAACCCCCUCACUCUGGCAGCCAGGCGCGUUCAAUCGUCAGCAACGGCGGCAUCAAGAUCAUCGAGCGUUCCGGACCUCUGGGCAUCGACAGCAUCGACGGCGGUGUGCCCCAGGAUCCAGCCUGCGCCAGCCUUCUGCCCAAGACCGACCCCGACGAGCGUUUUAACAACAACUUCUUUGGACAGUUCAAGGGCUUUAGCAUCAGCCCCUUGAAAAACACUAACGAAGCCAGCGCACCACCACCACCGGCUCAAGUUUCAGCACCUCCGCCAGCCGCCGGCUGGAACGUCAAUAGCGUGGCCACCACUGUGCCCAUCAAAACCAACCUCAAGCCCAUACAGCGCAGCAGUACGCUCAGGCAGACGCCCAGCAUCGAAGCUCCCAGUGCCGAGCUCUUGUCGAAACCCGUCGUGCCACCAGCUCUGCCACCUCCGAACGCCGGCAGCACCGCAAGGCCGCUCAUCAGCAGCCCCGUCCUCGCCGCCACCACCUGCACCUCCGUCGAGCUGGUAGGGCCCAAGAUGCCCACCAGACCUGCGCCUAGCAUCCCCGUCAAGGCCCAGCAGCCAGAGCCUGAGAAGCAGCCCAGCAGACCACCCAGCACCUCCCUCGACCUCGAGCCCAGGGAGGAGAAGCGUCGCGGUUCCGCCGAGAAGUCCAUCGGCAGCAGCAGCACUCUCACGAGAAUCGCCUCCAUGCUCUAUCCGAUGGGCGGUAAAUCCAACGACGCCCCGGUUCCUCAGCGCUACCACACCAAUUCGCUGCCACGUAGUCAGCAUCACAAAGCCUCCAAAGUCCUCGACAAAGAGAUUCUGCGCAGCCUCGAGAUUUCAGCGCCCAUACCUCAGAAGGAGAUCGAGAUACCCACCGCCACGAUACCAGUGAAACCGGACGCCAGUAGCCCCACCGACUCGGAGAAGCAGCGCAACGUUGUCAUGCGUGCCCAGUCCAUGAGGGACAGUAAGGUCACGCCUCGACCUACCAUACACACCUUCGGCUCCAUGCGCCAGUCCAACCCGAACAAGAGGCCCACCAGUAUCCCCGCAAGCGUCAGGCCCACCUCGCCGCCACCCGGCCCUCCAGUCAAACCCGCCGAAGCGCCAGCAGACGCCAAGAAGAUUCCCGGACUGCCCGGCUAUCAAAGCCCCGCAGUGCUUAAAGCCGUUCAACCCACCGACAACGCCUACGACGACUGCAUGAACCUCGUGUCCGACGCCAACCUUGGUAAGAUCGUCGAAGAGUCGCCCUCCAGCGACAACAUCUACGCCGUCAUCGAGGAGUCUCUGCCCGAGAAGCUCAAACCCAAGCGACCCGCUCCACCUGUGACCCUCGUGGACAGCGAGUACAAGACGCCCAAGAGCGUGGAUCUGGCCGCUGGUCAGGACAAAACCGACUCGAUGGGCCUGCUGUCGGAGAUCGUGUCCGAGAUCUCGAGCCGCAACUUCGACUCGAUCUACUCGACCAAGACCCUCAGCCCGGAGCAUCCCAAGACGCCGGAGACCUACGUCAAUGCCUCCCAUUACAAGUCGCCGAGCAGCCUGUACUCGAACUCGACGACGAGUUCGGGCUACCUGCAUCCGUCCGCGCUCAACGUGCCCAAGCCCGAGGAGCCAGCCAAAAUCAGCAGCACUGCCAGUAGCCCAGUGCCUUCCAAGCCGAGUUCGGUGACGGCCAAGACACUGGAUUCGAAGAAGAAGGAGGAGCCCAAGGAAACGAAGCCUGCGACGAAGCCAGGUUUCAACAGAACCAAGACGCCGCCAGGGUUGACGAAGCUCCAGAAGCCCGCGCGACAGGGCUCGGAUGCUAGUUCCAAUAAACCGGCGAGCAGACAGAACUCGGACUCGAGUCUAAAGGGAGCAAAGAGCGAUAACAGUCCAGACCUCGUGUCCAGCUGCAGCGCUAACGCCAACAAGUCCCCCGAUGUCCUUGGCAGGGACAACGCCAACAAGGCCAAGCCUGCAGCAGCCAAGAGCGUGGCGCAGACCAGGCAGAAGAACGUUUCCAUGCCACCCAAGCCCUCGAACCUACUGACCAAGGCUGCAAACUUCUCCGAUAAGAGCAAGACGACAGCUGCGGCUAAGACAACAAAAUCGCCGACAAGCCCGAGCAAGGCGGAGACUAAGACUCCAGGCAGCGGGUUGCAGAAGGCCGCGGGAAGUAAAUCUAAUGUUGCCUCACUGCAGCAAAAAUUUGAGCAGAGCGAGAAGGGCGCGACGAAUACGCUCACGAGGAAGAAACCCGGAGCGGCUAAAACUGCGGCGACGACGACGACGACUACUUCGAGGGAUAGUUAAACGUAAUUUUUAACGUGACCAUGUCCGACGUUCUGGUGACGUUUGUGUGCGAUUAUACGUAGAUUGUAGUGUAUACGUAUUUUUUUUAUUUAUUUAAGCAGCUUUAGAGAUGUUAGAGGCGAGCACUUUUCCAAGAGACUAGAAGUGACUAGCUUUAGUUCUCGGUAAGUGGUUUCGAUCGUGGUGGAAAAGUUCUUGGAUGCUGCUGCUCGUGGAUCCGUUUUGCGAAAUCUUAGGGAACAGUUUUUGGAUGAUAAAAGAGGCUAAUAUAUUUUUUGACGAAUAAAACAGACGCGUAAUUUUUUUGAAGGACAUACGACUAUUUUUGCGAUACAAUAUUUUUGUGCGACGGAUCCGCGCAGCGUUGCUUCGAGAGCUUUUCGUUCGUCUACGCGGAAAAUCGGCGAAAUACUUCGUAUUUUGUCAUUAAAAAGGUUUGUAUUUUUCUAUGAUAAGUGCUUUGUACAAAGAAACAAUCUUUUUUAAGGAAGGAAUCAGAUUUGAAGCUUAGACCCCCGGCGAAACGCGAAACACGAGAACCAAGAGAAAAUUAAUUUUGUACGCGAUACCGUGAUAUUGUUUUCACCCGCCCGAAUGUACAGUUUUAACGAGAUAGGACCACUUUCACGAAUUAAUGUAAGAAAAUUCUAGUCUUUGGCAAAUCUAAGUGAAUGCUUAAGAAAUUAUUUUCAAAGCAGAAAUUACAAAUACCAAAUGCAGCGUUCGAUCGUUCGGUGCUCAAUCGACUGAUGGCCCAACACGAUUUCCGUGUUGUUCGAUAUAGACAAAGAUACUGUGUAAAUACAAUACAAGAUAACAGAAAUGGUGCAUGUACAUAGCAGUAAACGCAGUAUUUCCGUGAAACCGAUGAAUUAUCAUCAUGUUCGUCAUGAUGCGAAAACAGCAAGUUCUAGGGACAACAAAAAACAAUUACAAACUAGCAAGGCUUUUUGUAACGAGAAAAAAAAAUAUAGUUAUUCGAUAAGAUGAAAUAUUUUUAUGCUACGUAACGAGAAAACUAAACAUUCUGUGAUAUAAAUAUUAUGUAUGUGUAAAAGGGAGAGACUUGUAAGUGCAGCUGAUCAAUUGUAGAUCUGAUUUAUUAUAUUAUAUGGUUAUUUGACAUUGCUGAUUGACUGCCUAGGAAAAAAUUGUCGUGUACCGUUAGAUGCGCGUACUUUUUUCCGCGAGUUUUUGAGUCGCAAGUUACAUCGCUACUUAGUUUAAGGUAAAACUCGAUAUAUUUAUUUGACUGAUGUAUGUAAAUGUACAUAGGUAAUAUACUUUAGGUUUUUAUCUCGCGUUCUUAACGUUUUUAGUAUGACUUUUUAUUAAACGAAAUUAACAUAACAAUUUCUUGUUGCAUAUGUGGAAAAAAAGUUUUGUCAUUGUUAUUUGUGAGUGUUUGAGCAUUUAUGUUUGAAUUAACUGCUGCGACCCGAAAAGCAGACAUUGACGUUUUAUCGAUUGACUUUUAAUACGUCCAAGUUCCUACCGAAUUCUGUAUCAAAAUGUGCAUCUGACAAAACUUUUUUGUUCAAACUUUACUUAUGUAUGUAUUAGGCAUAAUGUUAAUUGUAAGUUGCUUAAGUUUUUUUACUAGCAUACAAUAUUAUUCAUCGAGACAAUCAAAAAAUUCACGCUAAUUGAAAAAAGCUUUCAUUCAUGUAUGUACUAUAAAGGAAUUAAAUUAGCAAACCGAGUGCUAUAUGCAGCUGUUGUAAAAAUUACAAAAUAAAGAUUUUUAAGUAAAUAUUGCAAA